GACCCAGAAGCCUCCGCGCGCACUCGCCGCCCGUGGUCCGGCCGCUGAUCCGCGAGAGCCACGUGCCGGCGGCCGUUGGGUUUUAUCCGUUUAAUUCUCUGGAAGGUUCGGCGGCUCGAGAUGCCGAAAGUCAAGAGGGCGAAGAGGGAGCGACCCGGCGGGGAGUCACCGGGGCCGGGGCAAGGUAUUGUGUUCAACACUAGGAUUGGUCAGCACAUUCUGAAGAAUCCUUUGAUUGUGAACAGUAUCAUUGAGAAGGCUGCUAUUCGACCAACAGAUGUCAUACUGGAGGUUGGAUCCGGUACUGGUAACAUGACUGUGAAACUUCUGGAAAAAGGCAAAAAGGUUGUUGCUUGUGAAUUUGAUCCCAGACUUGUUGCUGAGCUGCAAAAGCGGGUUCAGGGCACGCCUAUGGCAAGCAAACUUCAAAUAAUGGUUGGUGAUGUACUGAAGACAGACUUGCCAUUCUUUGAUACAUGUGUAGCCAAUUUACCAUAUCAGAUAUCUUCUCCAUUUGUUUUUAAACUGCUACUGCACAGGCCAUUCUUCAGGUGUGCAGUGUUGAUGUUCCAGCGGGAAUUUGCCCUUCGACUUGUUGCAAAACCAGGAGAUAAACUUUACUGCAGACUCUCAAUUAACACACAGUUAUUGGCACGUGUAGAUCACCUGAUGAAGGUUGGAAAAAACAACUUCAGGCCACCUCCAAAAGUUGAAUCCAGUGUGGUUAGAAUUGAACCAAAGAUUCCACCUCCACCAGUGAACUUCCAGGAAUGGGAUGGUCUUGUCAGGAUAGCAUUUGUGAGAAAAAACAAGACAUUAAGUGCAGCAUUUAAAUCCAGUGCAGUUGAACAAUUGCUGGAGAAAAACUACAGAAUUCACUGCUCUUUACACAAUAUUCAAAUUCCAGAAAAUUUCAGUAUUACUGAAAAGAUCCAGAAUAUUCUUAAGGAAAAUGACUUCAAUGAAAACCGGGCCCGAACCAUGGAUAUGGAUGACUUUAUGAGGUUACUCCAUGCAUUUAAUUCACAAGGAAUCCAUUUUUCUUAGAAGACUUGUGUGUGAAGUUCUACUUAUGAAAGAACGAACUUUCUAGCAGCAGAAGACAUUCACAAUCUUUUCAAUGAGGUUUAACCUGUUUUAAGCUCCAGCAGACAUACAGAUUCAACAGUGUCAAGUAUAUCUUGCUGCUUAGUUUGCAAAAUAUUUUUUAAAUAACUGUAAAAAGCAGAUAUCUCAAAAUUGUACAAUUGGUAUCUCAGUAUGUUUAACCUAAAAUGCUUUCCUGUAUUAUACAAUUUGUAAAAUAAACUACAACUUUCAUGUA